UCUGCUUCUGUCAAGUUUCCUGCUGCUGUUUUACAGGAUGGGCUGUUUCCUCGCUGAUGCUGCUUCUCACUCUGCUCUCUCUCACUCAACCCUCCCCACUGCGUGUGAAAGGCGUUUGGUAGAGAUGGCUGACGGCGAUAUUUAUUGCACAUUAGAGCUGCCUGCUACACCUCAAGUCCAAGAAGACUCCAGAUCGAAGCUCAGAGCUGACUUCCGCAGGCUCCGUCCUUCCUGCCUUGUGACAGUGGCUUUGGGGCUUUUGACUGUGAUUCUCGUGGGUUCAUUGAUGUGCCAACGGACCCUGUGCUGUGGCUCCAAGCAGUGUACCCACUGCCCCAGCUGCCCCAACCUCUGGAUGAGGAAUGGUAGCCACUGUUACUUCUUCUCAAUAGAGAAAAAGGAUUGGAAUUCUAGUCUGGAAUUCUGUGCAGACAAAGGGUCACAUCUCCUUACGUUUCUGGACAACGAGGAAGUGAUCCCCUUCCGAGAGUACUUGGGCACUGACUUUUACUGGAUCGGCUUGAGGAAAAGUGAUAUGUGGAGGUGGGAAGAUGGCCCCGUUCUAAGCUUAAGGAUUUUUUCUAACAGCUUGAUACAGAGAUGCGGUACCAUCCACAGUAGUGGCCUUCAAGCCUCUAGUUGUGAAGUUCCUUUGCGGUGGAUCUGUAAGAAGGCCAUAAACUGAUGGAUGCCACCGUGUCCCGAGCCUCGGCUCUACCACGUGUCUUUAAAAAGAGGGAACUGGCCCUGGAAAUCUUUGUUCACAAAUGUAUGUUUAACAAACGCCAAACCUGCUAUGCUACGCCAUCAGGCAGAGGAUUAGCAUAGCCUCCUGGGGGUUGGCAUUUUCCUGCUGGUCUUUCUUGGAUACUAUUUAAGAAAGUAUGUUAGCCCUUUAAAGCCUAGCUCUGGGCAAAUGAAAUGACAGAGUUUGUUUUAAUGGCUCUCACUGUUCCCUCAUUCCCAUCUCUGCCAUUUCUGUCAAAGAUAUGUCAAAACUAUUACUCCACAAGGAAGAAUGAAGCCCUGCCAUGUUCAGUGCCUGUUACAUGGAGAUGAGCUAGACAGAAAAGCAUACACCUCAUGUUCGCUCGUGGUUGAAGCUAAACGAGUUUGUGCCAGAGUUUCAGGGAGAAGUGUGGUGGGCACAGAGUCCACGGAGGAAUGGGGGAAGAGGUGGGCUGAUGGCGUGCCUGCCGUGCCCUGUAGCCGUGCGGUGACAAUAAUGACCAAUAAUUCUUGUAUGGCUGCCAACUUAUUGUGAAUUUCAAAACAGAUAAAUGAAAGGACUAUGGGGUUUCCAAGUGCCUGAGAGGAUGGAUGUACUGACCCCUCUGACUGGGCAUUGACCUCUUUUACCUGCAUUGAAAUAUCAUGCUGUAUCCCACAAAUGUGCACGGUUAUUAUGUAUCGUUUAAAAACUGAA